AUGUUGAACGGCAGAAAAGUGAUGGUCAAUCACAAUGAAAUCACAGUUCACGGCAGACCUACCAGGGGCUGCCCACAGGGUGGAGUACUAUCCCCACUCCUGUGGUGCCUAGUAAUAGACGAACUCCUGAUAAGUCUGCAAAUAGCAGGCUUCCUCAUUUUCGGAUACGCAGACGAUAUUGCCGUUCUGAUCAGAGGGAGCUUCCUAUCCACCCUUAAGGAGCGCAUGACAGAAGCACUUAAGAUCAUUCAAAACUGGUGUGAAGCCAAGGGACUAACGGUAAAUCCCUCAAAGACCUCGGCUAUAAUCUUCACCAGAAAAUACAAACCGGAACCCAUUGAACGUUUGAAUCUGGGGACGCACAUAGAUAUAAAGAGGAAAAACUUCUACACAUCACUAUGGGCAUGCAAAAGGGCUCUGGGAAAGACCUGGGGCUUUAAGCCCAGCAUUGCCCUAUGGGUUUACAAAGCCAUCCUACUGCCGCGACUAACCUAUGCCGCGAUAGUAUGGUGGCCCAGAACUAGGAAAAAAGAAACAAGGAACCUACUAAAAAGCCUCCAGGGGAAUUACCUGAGAGCUAUUGCAGGUUCCAUGAGAACCACACCCACAGCCGCACUGCAAGUGGCCUUAGGGUGUCCCCCCCUUGAGCACGUUAUAACUAGCGUUGCCAAAAUCUCAGCAUACAGACUACAAUGUCUGGGGGAGUGGAGGAGCACCAGGAACAGCCACACGGCACUGGAGUUCCUACACAAUCCCCCAUUCACAUUUACGCAAGACAGAACCCCCAGGAAGUACCAGCUACAAAGUACCUUCAAGGUCCUCAUACCAGCUAGGGACGACUGGAAGAAACCAGGAUUUCCGAACAAUCUGGGCACUGACAUCUGGUACACGGAUGGCUCAGGAAACAAUAACCGCUUCGGAGCAGGCUUCUGUGGCCCGAAGAUGGGACACAGAACUAGCUUCUCUCUGGGGGAACUAGCCACGGUCUUCCAAGCCGAGGUUCUAGCGAUCUCAGAAUGCGCGAAACUACAGAUCUCACUAGGAGUCAGGUACAGAAAGAUCUGCAUCUGCUCAGACAGCAGAGCAGCCAUAAACGCCUUAGCAAAGACCAGCACGGAAUCUUCCACCGUCUGGGAAGGCAUGCAAGCGUUAUCACAACUCAGCAAGCUGAACAAAAUCACCCUCAUAUGGACCCCUGGACACCAAGGUGUACAGGGUAAUGAGAUAGCCGACGGUCUAGCAAAACUGGGCACCCUCGAGAUCCCGGUCCAACAGACAGUCGGUGUCCCCUUUGUCCUUGGGAAAAAACACAUCAAAGAGAGCCUGGAAAGGCAACACCUAACUUCCUGGACGGAAGCAAUGGGCUGCCGACAGGCAAAACUCUUGAUACAACAACCAUCAGCCAGCAGAACCAAGGAGCUCUUGGCCAUGAGUAAGGAAAAAAUAAGGACCUGUAUAGGCCUCCUCACCGGCCACAUAACAUUACGGGCACACUUGUACAAACUCGACCUAGCUGAGCAAACAAAUUGCCGACUAUGUGGAGAAGAGAAAGAGGACAGCAUACAUAUACUAUGCCGAUGUCCUGUCCUAGCUCUGAAAAGAUACAGAAUCUGGGGUAAGAUGUUCCUACGCCCCAGUGAUCUAAUGGGGGCUAAAAUGAGCAGCCUCUAUGGCCUGGUAGCGAACGCCGGGCUGGGCCUCACCGAAUGA